AUGUCUUCCAUCAUCCGCAGCGUUCUCGCGCUCAGCGCUGUCGCCGCCGUCGCCGUCGCUCAAGACCCAGCCCCCAAGCUCGACGCUCCCUGCGCCGAUGCCGUCAUCUUUAUGGCCCGCGGUAACACUGCGCCGUACCAUGACUUCCGUACAUUCCCCUUUGUCGACGCUACGUGCGGCAAACUAAGGGCUGAGGGCAAGACCUGCGACUACAUUGAGGUUGUGUUCCCGUAUGGCGGCGACUACUGCAAACAGAUUGGCGAGGGAGUCAGCAACGGUCUAUCCCAGAUCACUGCCUUCAACAAGAAGUGCCCUUGCACGCACCUCAUCCUCAAUGGCUUCUCUCAGGGUGCCUGGAUUACCGGAGAUAUCCUUGCUGGACCUGGUGGAUGCUCGCAGAUCACCACUGGUCUAGACCCUGCCUCGGCUCCUGGUAAUGCUAUUGCUGCUGCUCUCCUCUGGGGCGAUGUCAAGCACGAGGCUAACCAGCCAUACAACGUUCUUGACGGCUCUAAUCUACAGAAGAACGGUCGCGACGCCGCCUCUCUUGCGCGCCUAAACCGCUACGCACCCGUCCUGCGCUCUUACUGCUCUAAGGGAGACCCAAUCUGCGCCAACGGCGACGACGUCGAGAAGCACUUGAGCUACUUUGAGAAGUACACCGAAGACGCCUCGACCUGGGCCGUUGGAAAGCUCAACGCCGCCGCCCCUCUAUGUGCCGCUCCCACACCUACGCCUAGCGCUUCUUCUACUGCCGUCGCCUCGUCUGUUCGCGUUGCCGCUUGCUGGUGCUUCCUCUGGUGCUGGUGCUUCCUCUGGCGCUGGUGCUUCUGGUGUUGCUGCCUCCUCUGGCGCUGGUGCUUCCUCCACUGUCGCCGCUCUUCCCGCUUACCCUACAUCUCCAGUUUACGUUGCUCCCUUCACUGCUCCCCAGCCAUACGAGGCUAUGUGCGUUCCCCGCAUCACGAUCAAAUACGUCUACGCUUAAGAGUAAGAAGGACGGAAGAUGUAGCGGAGUAG